UAUGCUUUGUGUAAAGCCUUUAUAUAGCCUGACCGUAAUUGCUUAGUCAGUCUCUCAUUUAAGCAAUCUCUCUCUCUCUCUGAAUCUCUGAGAAAUUUCUCAGUUUCAGAGCUGUGGUUUCUUCUUCUUCUUCUUCUCUCUAUCAUCAAGUGUAUUAGCCCUAAAUCUGCAUGCUCGAUCUGAUGAUCUUUGAUCUCCAUCUCCUUAUUCCCCGCUGCUUCUGAUUUCUAUCAGAUUCGGAAGUCGGAGAUGAAUGUGCUUGGUCUCAUGGGUCUGUGAUCGAGAUCGAUAAGGCCGUUGCGAUCGGUGAAGAGAGAGAGAGAGAGAGAGAGACACUCACACACACGAAUAUUGGAGGCGAAAAUGCGGGUGAAGGAGCUGCAUCCUCUCUGCUGUGUCUCUCUGGAGAGUCCCCACGGGAUCGGCGACGAUCCGCCAGACACGGCGGCGCCGUUGACGAGGUCGAGGAGCCUUCCGGCGACGGCGGUGGCAGCGGCGAUCGGUGGAUCCGACGGGAAGAGGCAGAAGGCGGCAGGAUCCGAAGCGGAGACGGUGGCCGGGAUCCUCUACAAGUGGACGAACUUCGGGAAGGGAUGGAGAUCCCGGUGGUUCCUCCUCCGCAAUGGUAUCCUGUCGUACUCCAAGAUCCGGAGGCCGGAGAAUAUGAAUCUCCUCUCUCCGGCGGAGGAUGUGAGGCUGAUCGGAGAUAUUUCCACCAGUCGUCUCUCGAGGAUGAAUAGCUGCAGCGGACGCCGGAAACAGCACAAAACCGUUGGCAUUGUUCAUCUCAAGCAGAUUUCAUCUUUCCGGGAAAGCAAAUCUGAUGAUAGAAAGUUUUAUAUAUUUACUGCUACCAAAACCCUUCAUCUGAGGACAGAUUCUAAGAGUGAUAGAGCAGCAUGGCUGCACGCUUUAAAGUCUACAAGAAGCUUGUUUCCACUCCGGUCACUUGAUGGGAGUUUUCCCCUCAUAUCUCCAAAAGAUUUAUCCAUAUCGACUGAGAGGCUGAAGAAGCGUUUACUUGAAGAGGGAAUGAGUGAGAAUCUUGUAAAGGACUGCGAGCAGAUUGUGCUCUCGGAGUUCUCCGAAAUACGAGGACAGCUUAACCUUCUACAAGAAGAACGGACGACUUUGCUUGAUGCUUUGAGGCAGCUGGAGGCAGCUAACCUCGAAGCUGAAGCUUCAGGGAUCCAUGACAGUGUCUACCAGUUAACAAAGCAUGGAUUUUCCAGCCUUGGUCGUGGAAAAUAUAGUGAGUGCAGCACAACCGCUUCAUCUGAUGAUAUCGAGAAACAAGAGUUUGAGGAUGUGUCUGAGGAAGAUGAGCCUUCCUUCCAUGACACAAAGGAGUAUUUUGCUGAAUCCGAUGUUGGUUCUGAAUGUACGAAUAUCAAGAGAAGAACAAAGCUUCCCGAUCCAGUGGAAAAAGAGAAAGGUGUAAGUCUUUGGUCUAUGAUCAAAGAUAAUGUUGGAAAGGAUCUCACACGAGUUUGUCUCCCUGUCUAUUUCAAUGAACCGAUAUCAUCUCUCCAAAAGUGUUUCGAAGACUUGGAAUAUUCUUAUCUUCUUGACCGAGCGUAUGAAUACGGAAAAUCAGGGAACAGUCUACUGAGAGCCCUGAAUGUUGCUGCAUUUGCGGUCUCUGGAUAUGCUUCCACUGAAGGCCGACACUGUAAACCCUUUAACCCUUUGCUCGGAGAAACUUAUGAAGCUGACUAUCCUGAGAAGGGGGUUCAUUUCUUCUCUGAGAAGGUGAGCCACCAUCCAACUGUUAUCGCCUGCCACUGCGAAGGUAAAGGGUGGAAGUUCUGGGGUGACACGAACCUCCGGUCAAAGUUUUGGGGCAGAUCUAUUCAAGUUGACCCUGAUGGAGUUCUGACUCUGGAGUUUGAUGAUGGAGAAAUGUUCCAGUGGAGCAAGGUAACAACAACUAUAUACAAUAUAAUACUAGGUAAACUGUAUUGCGAUCACCAUGGCGUUAUGGAAAUCCGUGGGAAUCGCCAAUAUUCUUGUACACUCAAGUUCAAGGAGCAAUCCAUUCUUGAUAGAAAUCCUCAUCAGGUUAACGGUUUUGUAGAAGACGUUAAUGGGAAAAAGGCUGCGACGAUAUUUGGUAAAUGGGAUGAUAGCAUAUACUAUGCUGUCGGUGAUGGAAUCAGCAAGACGAAAGUCGCUGAUCCCACAGUAAAUGACUCGUUGCUGUGGAAAAGGACCAAACCACCUCCCAAUCUCACUAGAUACAACUUAACAUCGUUUGCCAUCACUCUAAAUGAGCUGACACCUGGUCUGCAGAUUAAGGAGAAACUCCCUCCCACAGAUUCCAGGCUCAGACCAGAUCAGCGUCACCUCGAGAACGGGGAGUAUGAGAAGGCAAACGGAGAGAAGCAACGGUUAGAGAGAAGGCAAAGGAUGUCACGGAAACUUCAGGAAAGCGGGUGGAGGCCGAGAUGGUUCGAGAGAGAUGGAGAGAACGGAACCUUCAAGUACACGGGCGGAUACUGGGAGGCACGAAAACAGAGGAGUUGGGUGAAUUGCCCUGACAUAUUCGGGGAGUUCACUGAAGAGCUUUGAUCUGAUCAUGCUGAAAGCUUUUUUGGGUUUGGCCUCAGGCAGUCUCUGAUAUGUGAAAUCUUCACUCAACACUGUUUCUAAUGGGAAAGAGAGGAUAGACUUUUGAAAUGUCCGAGCAGAACCUGAUCGAUUCAGACAUGGAAAAACUAAGCUUUUAGGGUUUCUGUCUUCAAAGAAAGAAUCCUGAGAAGAACCAAAAGAGGGGAAAUAUUAUUUUUUUUUUCAGAUCAGAGAUUCUUCUUUGUGUAACGAUGUUGUAAAGUCACUCGACACAAAGUACUCUCUCUCUCUUCACGUAGUUUGGUCUCACAAGAGAUAGUUAGCCCUUUGAUUGAGAAGACAAACAUUGGACUGGAUGUUCUUUGUGAUCUAUUUUGUAUUUAGUUCAUUUAAUCUCUGAUGAAUAAAUAGAGGCAGACACGAUCUUUCAUUUCACUCCUA